UGCAAAGGUAAAUAAGGAUGCAGCAUCGGACGUGAGAAGUCCGUUUACACCUCGUAAGAAGAGGAUUUUUCAAAAGCCCCUCGACCCACAGACUGUCUAAAGAAUGUCGCUGAUCCUGAAUAGAGUGCUCAGAGAAGUGAAGCGACAUGGGUUCGCCCAGCAGAAGAGGUUCCGAGGGAAGAUCAAUAUCCAGAGACCCCAGAAACUGCACUUCGAGCGGCAGAAGGUGAUGGACUUCGUGACGCCAUUUUAUCGCAGCCCGAACCUGGACAUCCCUCUCUGGGAGAAAUGCAGGAAAUCGAAACAGGUCGAACGCGAAAGUACGGAGAACCCCUACAGAAGCGUCGUGGCUCGCAUCGCGAAGAACUGGCUGGACAAUUCGAAGAUGGUCGCGUUCCUCCACCAGAACUCCAUCAGCAAGUCCGACACGUUCGAUCUGAUGGUGGCUCUCAGGAAGCACAAUAUCUACCUGAAGAGCUACGGCAGGAAGACAAUGGAAGAAGCCGUUAUGGGCACGAGAUUCGAGGCGAUACUGUCCGUGUACUGUUCGGAAAAUAUGCUUGCAUUCUGUACGACGGGAACUCCGGUGGCGCAGCUGGAGAAGACCUUGAAGAGGGCACCUCAAUAUAUCCUCCUGGCUGGGAUCCUGGAGGGAAAGCUGUUGCACCUGAACGAUUUCCUGCGCUAUGGGAAAAUGGACCUUCAGUCGACGCAGGUCGGUCUGGUGCAGGUGCUGCAGAGUGCAGCAGGUGGCUCCUUGAAUCAUCAGCUCACCUACCACCAGACGACCCUGGUGUCUCGUCUGAACCAAAUCGCUACACCGGAGACACCGACCGAUAAGACCGACCAGCAGGACGAUAAGGACGAACAACCAGCGCCAGCCUGAUCUAUCUUAGCGACGAGUAAUCGUAAUUUAUUCAACGCCGGAGGCCUUAAAUAAAUUACGACCGAGCAACCUGUCCCACCUUUAUCGCGAGAUAAACACAUAGGAUUAAAGAGAUCGAUUUUAAA